UGGAACGCGAAGCAGAACACAGAACAGAACACAGAACAGAACACAGAACAGAACACAUGUUUUUGGUCAACUACAAUCAAGGAACAGAUUCAACUAUUUCAUCUGCUACGACUGGAGCUAUAGUGGCGUCAGCACAUCCGAAGUUAAGUUACUUGGCAGAUAAAAGUUGCACAUAUCCAUAUCCAUAUCCAUAUCCAUAUCCAUAUCCAUAUCCUUAUCUUGGUAUAUGCAACGUCUCAAAAAAGAAGUAACAAUCAUCAUACCUGCCCAGCUGGAGAGCUUCGCGACAAUAACACACAUAACAUCGUUCCUUCCAAUCGCCCAUACAUGUACACCCAAACUUAAAACUACCUAGGUAAGAGAACCUCAGUCACCCUUUCUAUUAUCGUAUCGUCUGCCAUUCCAGCCAUUCCAGCCGUUCCAUUUGAAUUUAUAUAUAUCCUCCUCUCUCUUACACAGCACAUCGGCUUUCUCUCCUUUCAAGUUUUCCACUUGAUGGUGAAGCUCUCUUCAAUUCAUCAAUCAAAGCAAAGCAAAUACAAUACGCGAUUAAAUUCUUGUUCUUGAAACGCACCCACCAUUCAUCACAUUUUGAUGCGCUUGAUCAACACACCUGCCUGCAUCAUCCUCAUCAUCAACAGGAGACCACCUCCACUGAAAAGGAGGCGCAGCACCCAGCACCCAGCACCUGGAAAUCUCUUCCUCCGCACAUCAAAGCUACCUUGACCAGAUUGUGUCCGAGAUUCUAAUAACUACGCGCACAACAACCUUCAUGAUCCCAACCUAUUAUUCUUUUGCCUUCAACCUACUGCCCUUUUCGUCCUACUUGCGCCGAAAUCCAGAGGUUUAAUUCAUAUUAGCAUUUGGCAUUUGGCAUUUGGCAUUUAGUUUUUAGUUUUUAGCAUUCUCCUCUUCCGUUUCCGAGGAAGAAUCUUGCUAAGAUGGUUUGUAAGUAAACAAAUUAUCCUCACGCUUUCCUUUGCCAGUUUUGAAGAUCUUCCAUCUAUCAAUUCGAUUCACAACAUUAUUUCCUGUUGGAAAGUUCGAUGAUAUUCGCCAAUUUUGUAUCACAAGUAAGAAGUCGAAACAUACAGUCGGGUCUUUGAUCCAUCUCUUUGUUACAUCUCACAUUUGCCCUGCACUUGAAUGGUACCACACAUCCAGCUUGACCUUUGUUCCGUCUUCAUCACAGGACAGCUACCCAGAGUCCAAAAGACCUAAAUCUUGAAGCCAAGCAUUAGUCCUUUGGCGUCCUGUUUACACCAUAUUUCUUGUUCUCUUUUAUUCUGUUGUCUACUUGAUCCACCUGUCAAUCUGCCAGCAAAAUGCCAAGGGACUUCUUGGAAGCUUAGUUCGGCUGCCGCGCACUCUGCAAUUUCAAUAUCGGACAUCACACGGAGUGGCUGGGCUAACUUUAUAUCUUGCUUGAUAUGUAGCACAAACGCAAUUUCGAAGGGAAAUCGCACGCGUAAGGUCCCUCAAACGCAACCCGACCUCUGAAAGCAAUUCAGGAAAUAUGUCGACUCAAGCGGAUGAAAGGACGGGGCUGUUGGGCGCCAACGGACAUGGAAAUGACAGACGCAAGAGCAGCGUUCACGAGUUCUUUCUUAGCAGGAAACAUACACCAGGAACGGACAGCGACAGGGCCAUUGUUAGCUACUCGGCUUCGACAUGGCACGUAGGGAAGGUUACAUUGUAUAGUAGUUACGUCAACGUCCUUUUGGUCUUUGUACCAUUGGGUAUAAUCGCAGGUCUCACACAUUGGGAUCCGGUCGUCAUCUUCACUCUCAACUUCUUCGCUAUUAUCCCAUUGGCCUCCAUCCUGUCUUUUGCAACAGAAGAAAUAUCUAUGAAGUUAGGAGAAACACUUGGAGGUCUCUUGAACGCAACAUUUGGCAAUGCUGUGGAACUUAUUGUAGGUACCGGUGCCAAAUUGUGUUGGUUAUGGGCUAAUGAUGAAUUUUGCAGGUCAGCAUUAUAGCAUUGAAGCAAGGCCAAAUCCGCAUUGUUCAAUCGAGUAUGUUAGGUAGUAUCUUGUCGAACUCUCUACUUGUAUUGGGAUGUUGCUUUAUAGCUGGCGGAAUCCACAAUACACGAACUGGUACAUCUAUGGGUAUCGAGCAGAAAUUUAACGACACUGUUGCAGGAACCAUGUCAUCCCUUAUGGUUCUUGCUGCAUGCGCUUUGAUUAUCCCUGCAACUGUAAGCUGAACUCUCAUCUGUUUGCAACAGUAGCUGACUUUCUCGAAGCUUUAUUCUGUUCUCGCGAAAUCAUCAGCAGACACUGAAACCAACAUUUUGAUUCUCUCUCACGGAACAGCAAUCAUUUUAUUAAUUCUGUAUUGUCUCUAUUUGUUCUUUCAGCUUCGAACACAUGCCAAUCUAUUCGAUGCUGAAAGCCAAGCAGCAGGAGAGGAGGAAGAAACACCACAGAUGAGCCCAUGGGCUGCCGCCGCCGUUCUCGUGAUUGUCACAGUCGCUGUAUCUAUUUGCGCUGAUUACUUGGUUGAUUCCAUCGACUCGAUCGUUGAGAGUGCUCAUAUCUCCAAAACAUUCGUUGGUCUUAUUCUACUCCCCAUUGUUGGUAAUGCCGCCGAGCAUGUCACAGCUAUUGUGGUUGCUGUCAAGGAUAAGAUGGACCUUGCAAUGGGUGUAGCCAUCGGAUCAAGUAUGCAAAUUGCACUUUUCGUCACCCCAUUCCUUGUGAUCUUGGGAUGGAUCAUGGACAAGCCUAUGACUUUACAUUUUGAAACAUUUGAGACAGUGGUUUUCUUCUUGAGUGUCUUGGUUGUUACUUAUGUUGUUCAAGAUGGCAAGAGUAAUUACUUGGAAGGUUGUAUGGUAAGUCCUCAUCAAAUUCCGGAUUUUCAACACCUUUUCACUGACAUUUACAUAGCUUCUUGGUCUUUACAUCAUAAUUGGCCUCGCAUUCUUGGUAUAUCCAGAUGCUCCUGCCGGAGCAGGAGAAAUUGGGGAAAAUGUGGUCAGAUCAGUCAAGUCUUUGGCAGGAUAUUAGUCCGAGAUUGUGAUGUGGUACGCGUGGUUGAUAAUAAUUGUAUCAAAUUGUGGCAACAAAAAGCGUUUCAGCGCUGGAUAUGAAAGGCAGAUAUUGAGAAUUCAUAGCAGGAGACGAUUGACAAGGUUGGUGGCACUUUUAAUAUUGCUCGUUAUUACCGAAAAAGAAAAACAUUAUGGGAUUUUUUGGGAAAUUUUUAUGAGAGCGAUUGCUGGGAAUGCAAAUGGAAUGGAUGGAUGGAUGAAUUGUAAAAAUAGUUAGGGGGUUGGUGGUGGGGCUGCGAAGCUAAUACCUGCUUAUGUAUGUAUGUAUGUAUGUAUGUAUGUAUGUAUGUAUGUAUGUAUGUAUAUGAUACCUCGCGAGUAAUACAAUACG